ACGAAUUUAUCUCGAAAGGAAAAUAAAAUUUUCGCGGUCGACGGUUUUGAAACGACGGUGGAGCGUACACUUUUCUUUUAUUCCCGAAAACUGAUUUGAACGCAACAGGUAUUUGUAUGUCUACCGUUUGCGUUUGGCGGUCUCUCGUCUCCUAGAUUCGUUUUUGUGGAGUGUGUGUGUGUGUGUCCGCAAUCUUUAAAAAGUCCAGAGCGACACGUCCAGCAACCAGAAAAGAGUCCGUUUUGCCAUGUCCGUACCUUUUAUCGACAUGGAUCGUGACGAUGACGACGGCGUCGGUUACGUCUCCGAAAGUCACUAUCUGAAGAGCCCGAGUGUGGAGCAACAGCAGGCGAUGUCACUGCUUCAAAUCCCUCAAGGGGUACCCCGCGAAUCUAGCAUCUCAUCCAAUAUGAGCGACAUGGAUGUUCCGAUCUAUUCCUCGGAGAAUUUAACAACCAGAUCGAGAAAAGUCGUUCACUCUGGAUUCAAUGGCAGAUUAGCGUUCGCUAUCGCCGCUUCUGCGUUGGGUUCAUCUUUCCAACACGGUUACAACACAGGAGUUCUCAACAACCCGCAAAAGAUUUUGGAACAAUGGAUCAAUUCAACGAUGCAGCAAAGAUCAGGAGGAGAAGUCCCAACAAGCGAGGGAAUUAUUUUCAUAUUCUCACUGAUGGUAUCGGUUUUCUGCGUAGGGGGAAUGAUCGGAGGUGCCGUUACUGGCUUGGUAGCUGAACGGUUCGGUCGCAAAGGCGGACUUCUUAUCAAUAAUCUCCUGGUUCUUCUGGCAGUCAUCUGCAUGUCGUCGUCCAAAUCUGCGGCUUCCUACGAACUUAUUAUUCUGGGUCGAUUCCUAAUUGGAGUCAAUUCAGGACUGAACGCUGGUCUGGCACCGAUGUAUCUUGCGGAAAUCUCCCCUGUUAAUCUGAGGGGUGCGGUCGGUACGGUCUACCAACUAGUCAUCACCAUAUCUAUAUUAAUAGCUCAGAUUGUUAGUCUUCGCUCAGUUUUGGGCACUGAAAACCACUGGCCAACCUUACUUGCCUUAACCAUAAUACCCGCCGUAUUUCAGAUUGUUACUUUGCCCUUCUGCCCGGAAUCUCCAAAAUAUCUCCUUCUCUCGAAAGGGAAGGAGUUGGAAGCCCAAAAGUCUUUGAGCUGGCUCCGAGGUACAUUGGCAGUACACGACGAAAUGGAUGGAAUGCGGGCAGAAGCGGAGGCUAUGAAGUUGGUACCGAGAGUUACUAUGCGGGAAUUGAUCACCAACAGCGCUCUCAGAAUACCCUUGAUCAUCGCGUUAACCGUUAUGGUCGCUCAACAGCUUUCUGGCAUCAACGCGGUUAUGUUCUUCUCGAGUCAAAUAUUUCAAAUGGCGGGAUUGACAGACGACAGCGCCACCUACGCCACACUGGGCAUGGGUGGAAUUAACGUCCUAAUGACUAUAGUGUCACUGUUCUUGGUCGAAAAGGCGGGUCGAAAGACCCUGCUGCUGAUCGGAUUCGCCGGCAUGACUAUCGACACCACGCUGCUAACCAUUAGCAUGCUUCUGGCUGAUAAGGCGCAAGCAUUGAAAGUCAUGUGCGUCAUUUUCGUUUUGAUCUACGUGAUAAUGUUUGCGUCGGGUCCCGGUUCCAUCCCAUGGUUCUUGGUGUCUGAAUUGUUCAACCAAUCGGCAAGACCUACAGCCAGCUCUUUAGCGGUCUGUAUCAAUUGGACGGCCAAUUUCUUGGUUGGCUUGGCGUUUCUACCUUUAGCCAACGCGAUGGGCCCAUAUGUUUUCAUCAUCUUUAUAGUACUGCAGUUCCUGUUCCUGUUGUUUAUACACUACAAAGUGCCGGAAACGAAGAACAAAACCUUAGAGGAAAUAUCAGCCAUGUUCAGGGCACAGUCUUAUCAAUAAAAGAAAUGGUAUAUAAUACUUCUAUAAAAAAUAUGUCCUCUUCCUCCAAUCGACUACAAAAAGGUUUUCGAAAUUAUAAAGUCGUCGACGAUUUGCCUGGUGUUUAGUGAUUUGUAAGGGAGAAGGACAGACUGUUUUAAUUGUUAGGAAAAUCUGUAUAUAUGUCUAUGUCUAAUACACCAUAAACUGUUUGCAAUCUUUUGACAGUAGUUAACUGAAAUUUUUGUGACAAUACUACAAGUUCUAUCCUUCAAGUUGAUGUCCUUAUCAAUUUUAAUAACAGAUAUUAAUUGUAAGAUUAAUCCAAUAAUUCCAAUAUUAUUCAAAACCAACCAUGUUCAUGAAUUUGUCUGCUUUUUCUAUUUUCUUUUAUUUAAUUUCUUCAUUUUCGUGAAACUGCAAGUCAGGAAAUAAAAAUAUUAAGAAACAUAUUAAAGUCUGCCUCAUAAAUAAUGUCUCUAUUAGAAACAUUUUGGAGCGACUUUAAUUUCAAGGCGCAGAAUAUUUUAGACUGGACAAGUUUCUAAUAUUUUAGUAUCAUAAUAUUGUAUAAGAGGUAACCAAGACUAAUUAAAUGGUAAAUGGUAUGUCAAAAGAUAGUGAACAAAGUGUAUAUGUGUCAUAUUUUUUGAAAAUGCAAGUUUGACUGAUGUUAAUAGUUAUGUAUUUAUUUACUUCAAAACAUUAGUGCUGUUUCAAACAAAAAGAGGUUCCGUUAUUUAGAACAAAGGGGUCCUAAAUUCAAGAAAUAUGAACUAGCUUUUGUGAAAGACAUUAAUUCACACCCCACAUAUUAAUCUAGUAACCGCAAAUGCUGGAUUCCAUACAAAGUAAUUUGAUUGCUUCAAAUUUUAUUGGGCCAAUUUGAGCAAAAAGAAGAUUAUGACUCCUCAUUUUAAAACUUCAAGACUUAAAAACAGAGUGCUUUAUUUUGUUUGAAACGAAAAAUAUUGUGUUGCGUAUGUAUAGCGGUUCACCUUCUUUUAAAUGUUUUUUAUUAUUAAUUAUUUAAAGCUGUGUAAAAAAGACAUCUAUAUUUACUUUAUUAAUAAGAUUUCCUCAUUAUGUAACACAUUUACUUGAGUGCUCCAGUGCUGGUAAAAUUUAAACAAAGGCAUACUCAAAACUAGGUUAGCCUUUGGUAUACUUUAUUUAAUUUGAUCUUUGAACAUUGGCUUGAACAGCUCUCUACAUGUCUAGGAAUAAGUGAACAAACAAGUCAUGUUUUGCUAAAAAUAUUUAAAAAGUUGAGAGCCAAAAAUACACUGAAAUUAUAAAGGAAUGGAAAUAAGAUGGAAAAUGUUAAGUAUGUUACCCUGCAGUUGCACUUUCAUGUAUUCCUGUUUUCAGUUGGUUCCGUUACAUAUUGCCACAUUACUUAUGGUUUAUCAGAGGCUUACUAAACUCAAGCUGCAAUAAGUUAAUAUAAUUAUUAAAUGCACUUUGGCUCUGAUACAACUAGUAUGCUGUAAUGCAUAAAUCUUUGACAAUGUGACAACAGAGUACUUUUCUCCUCUACCGAUUCAAUGUUUUAUGUUAUGAGUAUACAGGGAGCGAUUUUUGGGUCCAUUUUAAAAAGAUGACUUAAUGUGAACAUGUAUCUUAAAUGUCUUAACUUUUGAGAUACACGAUGGUAAAGUUUUCAAAAAUAAAAUAUUUUUUUUUUAAUAUUUAAUACCACUUUAUAUAUUUUAAUGAAAUUUGGCACACAUGUACUAUUUAUCAAGAGGCAUUAUUUAGGGUACCACAUUAUUUUUUGAAAUACAGAUUGAACGCCACUGAUUUCUUUUAAAGUAAAAAUUUUUCUUACAAUCUCUUACAAUUUAUGUACGGUAAGAAAAUAAACAUAGAAACUAGAGAAGUUGUUGAAAGUGUCCUCCACCUUGAAGGAUGAGUCUUCAGCCCUUUUGCUCAUAUUCCCGCGCACUCUUUGAAAUAUACCUCCAGUGUUUCUAAUUAAAUCGCACGAUCCUACUUCGUAAGUAUUUUAAUAAAACAAAUAGAUAAUUACUUAAGUAUUAUCUGCAUAUUGUCAUAUUAACAAUAUUGUUAUGAUCAUGCAGAGAAGAGGUUUUCAUCUUUUUAAGCGAAAAUCAUCGGAUUGAAAAAAAUUAAGAAAUUUAAUUUUUUUAGCAAUGAUGAGAAUUUUUUUAUUUUAACUAACUAAAUAAAGUCUGUUAAUAUAUGUGUGCCAAAUUUCAUUAAAAUAUCUAAAGUGGUAUUGCCGAUUUAUUGACAUUCGCCCUGUAUACAUAAUAUAAACACAUUACGGGAUGAAUUCUAACAAAACAAAGUUUAAGCGGCAUUCUUAGUACCCCUCCCUCCUACAUUUGGGCCCUGAGUGCGCCAUUAGGAAUAUUUCACUCAAAUUAGAUUGAUC